UCCGCCCAAUGGUCAGUGGAGCUUCGUGUUUACUGGUGGUGGAGUCCAGCAGCUGCGAUGGAGAUGGACGCGUGGUACAUGGACAGCUCGGCCGAGGACCAGAGGAGGCCGCACCGACUGGAGCCGAACCAGUCCGCCUCACUGGGAGCGCUGGAGCAGCUCGGGGUGUUCCACAGGAAGUUGAAUGCUGAUAUCUACGAAACAGACCCAGAGCUGGAGCAGAUCCGCAAAGACCAGGGCUACAGCUACAUGGACAUCAUCACCAUUCACAAGGACACUCUACCGGGCUAUGAGGACAAGCUGAAGAUGUUCUUCGAGGAGCACCUGCACCAGGAUGAUGAGAUCCGCUACAUCCUGGACGGCCGGGCCUACUUUGACGUCAGGGACAAGGAGGACAGAUGGAUCCGAAUUUCUAUGAACAAAGGAGACUUGAUCACUCUCCCGGCAGGAAUCUACCACCGCUUCACCCUGGACGAGACCAACUACACUAAAGCCAUGCGGCUGUUUGUGGGGGAGCCUGUGUGGAAGGCGCACAACCGUCCAGCUGAUGACCUGGACAUCCGUUCCAAGUACAUGGCUUCUCUGCAGGGAUCCUGAGAGAGGAAGAUGCUGCACACGUUCUCAUCAUUGACAGACUGGAAUCCAUCAGGGUCUCUGAUUGGGUUCUACCAGGGCAAUGUAGCAGGUUUUACAUCAGUAUGUUAAAGGAGAUUAAAACAGAAUGAUUAAGAUGUUUAUAUCGAGGCAAAUUAAACGAAAUGAAGCUUACAUUUAGACAGUCUCAGUGGAAAUCUGAAUAAUUACUUAAAAGCUCUCAGAUGCAAGCUUUUAAUUUUUGUUUUAUAUUUGUGUACUUCAAAACACUAUACUUAAGUAGCAAAUACUUCAGACUUCACUACAGUUACUAACAUACAAUCUGAAGUACCCAUAAAUAUAUAAAGUAGUUCAUAUAAUUACCACCCCUGCUGCUCUGACAGAACUCUUGUAGGAUGAAGGAAUAGAUUUUCUGGAGAUAGUUAUUGUUAUGAUCAGGUGCAUUAUGGAGACUGUUAGGUGAUCCGUACCAACACUAACAAGUUUUAAUAACCUCCCCAAAUCUUACCUAAAUCGGUGAACUGUGUGGUGCUGGUGGAUGAAGAUAUUUAAGUGAGAGUGAGAGAAAUUAACAAAAUAGAUCUACAACCAGACAAUCUCCAAAUCAUAUUCUACUGGGAAAAAAGGUCUAAAAGUCUAAAUUACAAUGAAUAGCAAUAUUUCACUUAGGAAGGGGCCGUUUGGCAAAUUAACCCCUCUGUCAUUGGUACGUUCUUCAAAUAUGUAGCUGGUGCUUUAUAUUAUAUAAGUAUAAACUAUGAUUUAUAUAUAAGUUUCGCUUUUGGGUAAAGCUUUGAUUGCAGAGAUCUAAAAUGGGCUAAUUAGCACUAGUGCACACUGACACUUAAUAUUGUUCUAUCACAGAAUUAUGAGCAUCAGUGUAUAUAUUGUCCGAUAUAAAAACCUUUAUUUCAGGUCGAGAUACAGAAAAAAAAAGCUUGGGGUGAAUGAGAAAUGAUGUAAUCAGUUUGUCCAGCAGAUGGCGCUCUGACUCCAUUGUUUACAGCAGGGGUUUUCAACUGGUUUUGUCCCAGGGACCACCAUUCUGACUAGAAAGUAAUCCGUGGCCCACUGAUGUGCCUACGUGCAUCUCUGGGUCUAUUCAUUCUGUCGGGAGAACUGCUACUGGAUAGACAAAAUUCUUAGAGCUCUCCUAAGAAAUUGUUUCUCAACCAGCGAACGUGGUAAAGUUGACUGUUAUUGCAAUCAAUUGUUUUGGCUAUUAUGACAAUUUAUUUUUCUCAUUACAAAGUAUUUGUUUUUCGCUCUUUUGUUUUAUUUAAUAUUUUCACUAUUAAUUCUGCCCUUUUGCUCGUCUUUUUGGGAAAAUAAAAAUUCCCAUCAUACAAACAACAUCUCCAAGACCUCCUGAGUUUUUCUACCUAGAGUCCAUGGCACUUUGUGCAUAUAGUUAGUUUCCUUAAGAUCCUGUUGUUUAGUUUGGGUCAUAUAUUGUUAUAUAAUUUGAGUUGAGUGGCAUUGACUAACAUUGUGGAAACUCUUUCCUCUAUUAUCUAUUCCCUGCCAAAAUAAAGAGCAUGUGCAUGA